AUGGUCCCAGCCCAGGUCGACUCAAACGCCGCUACUGCUUCCACACAUGUCGCCGAUCCCGCCCUCGCCCCCUUUCUCCACCCUCGCUUCGACCCCGCUGACUUCCUCAAUGCCACCCUACCGGCCCUGUCGACGUCGUCGCGGCCUGCAAAGCCAGCCACAGCCUCCUUGGCUGAGCUCUCGACCCAGACGCAGGAUCUGCUCUCACAGCUCAAUGCGCACACCACAAGACUAUCGGCCAUCUUGACCCAGUUGACCGAUGACAUUGUGCGAAGCGGAGCACGGCUGGCAUACGAGGUCGAAGUGCUGCGUGGGGAGACACUGGGGCUCACCGAGACUCUGACAGAAGGCGUAAAGGACGACAUUCGCAAGUUCUUGCCACAUGGCAUUUCUCUGCAACCACUAGCACCACCACCAGAUGACCACGGGCAGACUUCCAGCCCUGCCACAGACCAAGGCGCUGGGCCGGAGCAAGGGCAGCUAGCACCCCUACCAGAAGCAGACGAGACCACGCCAGAAUACGUUUCGGACCUCCGUACCCUCACCACCGUGCGCUCACGGCUCGAGACGGUCAUCAAGGUGUUUGGCGAAGCGAUGCAAUGGACGAUACCUCCCUCCGAGCUCUCCUUGGGCGCCUCCCUCAUCAGCGUGUCGGCUCCCGAACCUGGCACGGACAGUGCAUCUCGGGAGCAAAAAGGAAAAGACUUUGCUGCCGCCUUACGGUCUGAGAUGGCGGAUCUCAUCGCGGGCGACCCCGACAAUGGGGUGGAAAUGGCCAAUACGCGCAUCCAGGCACUGCGAGACUUGGCCAAGGUAUGGAAGGGCACGGCAGAGGAGAAGGCCAGGAUCAAGUUGGUAGAUGGCCUCGUCAAGUUGGUAGAGGACAAACAAAAGGAGCUCGAAAGGGAGAGGGGCAAGGAGAGGAGUCGAGACAAGGCUCAACAGAGAGCUGGAAGCAGUGGUGGUGGCAAUGUACAGAAGCCUGGCCAGCCGCAGCCACAGCCGCAGCCACCUCCACCGCAGAGAACUGGAGGUUUCCUUGAGAAUCUGCAGAGAAUACGCGGCUUUGUCGAGUCGGAAUUCGAAUAA